UGAGGAAGCCAUGAGGAGCAAGUCAGUAAGCGGCCUCUGCGUCAGCUCCUGUUCCCAGGUUCCCUGUUUGAGAUCCUGCCUUGGCUUUUCACAGUAGACUGUGACUGGGCAUAUGUAAACCAAACGAAACCCUUUCCUCCUGAAGUUGCUUUUGAUUAUGAUGUUUCAUCACAGUGAUAGUAAUCCUCAGACAGUCCCGCAUCCCACCCUUGAACGAUGAUACUUCUGGCCAAUAGUAAGUCCUGGACCUGAGAGGGCAGGUCAACUUCAGGAAGGAGAGAUUGGCCCUCUGCCCACCGUGACCUGAGUAUUCCGGCCAGGCGAGGAUCCUUCGUGGACCGCCUGUGCUCCACUGCCACUCUUCCCUGUGGCUCCUCCACCCCCCCCCCGCCUCUGUCCCCGCCCCCACUGCAACUAUAAAACCCAGCCUGGUUCACAGACUUCAGCCACUUUCCCCCUGACCCUGCCACACAGCUCCAUGGCCCAGUGUGGGGCGCUGGUGGCCGCAGCCCUGGCGCUGCUCUUGCUGUCCCUGCCGCCAGCCCUUGCAUGGUACAAGCCUGCGGCGGGACCCCACCACUACUCGGUGGGCCGCGCCGCGGGGCUACUCUCCAGCUUCCACAGGUUCCCAUCCGCAAGACGCUCUGAGUCCUCAGCACUCCCCGUUGGAACAGGACCCCUACGCUUGGAGAUGCGCUCCAGCCUAAGGAGCCUUGCCCUGUGUGUCAAAGAGGUGACCCCGAACCUGCAGAGCUGCCAGCGGCAAUUCAACAGCCCAGGGACUUUCCAGUGUAAGGCGGACGUCUUCUUGUCGCUGCAGGAGGCUGAAUGCCAACGGCCUGCACCCUGAACCCCAACCCAAACCUCGCCUGGCUGUGGUGGGUGAGCCCCGUGCCCAGUCUUGCUUGAUGCUUGAAGCAGUGCAGGCGCUGUCAUGUGGGUUGGCACCUGUGGCCCUCUAACCCUAUCACGCUCCAUAUCAAAUGGCUAAAUGAAUA